CCCCCACCCCGCGCGCGGCUGCGCCACCGCCCGCCCGCCCGCCCGCCGCCGAAGCGCCUACCACCGCCGGCCCCAAUCCCUGACUUCUACAGCCCGACCUGGGGGAGGGGGGGAUCGACCACACCGUGCCGUUCCGUGCCUCGAUUCGGAGCCAUCUCUGAUGGAUUAGAGGCGUGAAACCGUAUAUUUAUUCUUGAGUUUGAAGAUUAGGAGGAUCUGAUGGGCUCUGUUCUAAGUGCUUCAAAUAGUAAUGGUCGAUCUAUGGACCGGUACGAAAAAUCUGGAUUUAAUUCUAAUAAGAGGGUCAAGAUCUCCAGAUAUGAGUAUGAUUCAUUUCAGAGGAUAAUUCCGACUCUUCCCGAUGAGCUCUCCUUUCAGAUUCUAGCCAGGUUACCGCGGAUUUAUUAUCUAAAGAUGAAGAUGGUUAGCCAAGCUUGGAAGGUGGCAAUCACCAGCAGUGAACUUUCGCAGCUGAGAAGAGAGCUUGGCCUAACUGAAGAGUGGUUGUAUGUACUGACCAAACUUGAGCCAAACAAACUCAAUUGUUAUGCUCUUGAUCCAUUGUUAUGCAAAUGGCAAAGGUUGCCACCAAUGCCAUCUUUUGUCAGUGAGGAGGAAUCCACUGGGAGGACACAGUCGUCUUGGUUCCAGAUGUGGAAUGUUGUGGGCUCAAGUAUAAGGAUUGCUGACUUCAUAAAAGGAUGGUUUCGUCGCCGAUAUGGUUUGGACCAGAUGCCGUUCUGUGGUUGCACUGUUGGAGUUGCUGAUGGUUGCUUGUAUGUGUUUGGGGGAUUUUCCAGAGCUGUUGCCCUCAACUGUGUAUUUAGAUAUGACCCUUCCCUCAAUGUGUGGCAGGAAAUGAGCCCGAUGAUCUCAGGUCGAGCUUUCUCAAAGGCAGCAUUACUGCAGAGUAAGCUAUAUGUUGUUGGUGGAGUUAGCAGGGGUCGGAAUGGCUUGCUUCCUCUACGGUCGGGUGAAGUUUUUGAUCCCAAAACCGGUAUAUGGAGUGAGUUGCCUGAAAUGCCUUUCAUGAAAGCACAGGUACUACCAACAGCUUUCUUGGCUGAUGUGCUGAAGCCUAUCGCCACUGGAAUGGCAUCAUACAAGGGAAAGCUAUAUGUUCCUCAGAGCUUAUACUCAUGGCCAUUCUUUUUUGACAUUGGAGGUGAAAUUUAUGACCCAGAAUCGAAUUCUUGGGAAACAAUGCCAGAUGGUCUUGGUGAUGGAUGGCCAGCAAGGCAGGCAGGCACAAAAUUAGGUAUUGUCGUGAAUAACGAACUUUAUACGUUGGAGCCUUCGAGCUCCUUGGACAGUGGCCAGAUAAAAAGAUAUGAUUCUGAACAAGACACCUGGAUAACUAGUGUACCGCAGGUUCCUGUUCAUGAUUUCACCGAUGCAGAGGCUCCUUUUUUACUUGCUGGCCUUCAUGGAAAGGUCCAUGUUAUUACAAAAGAGGCAAACAACAAUCUUCAAGUUAUGCAAGCUGUAUUGCAGGAUAACAUUGAGAACAGUCCAUCUGAAGAAAACAUCAUAUGGAACAUACUGGCUUCGAAGAACUUUGGGUCUGCUGAGAUCGUUAGCUGUCAAGUUCUUGAUGUCUAAAAUGGGAUAAGUUCAGUUACUGAUGCUGGUAUCCUAUGGUUCAACUAUAUUUUUGACUUAACUCUAUAAUUUGAUGAGGGAAGAGGCAGACAUAGGUUACAUGUAUUUAAAUUUGUAUAAAUUGAUUCUUGCACAAAUACUGUUAUAUAGUAGGUCAUAAGUAUGCAUGAUUAAUAUAUAUACAUAUAUAUAGUAAGUGUUCUUGUACACAGUGAAGGUUCCCAGUUUGUUGAACCUUUAUCCAUUCUGCUAUCAACUGUACACCA